AUGUCCGCAAACGUCGCCAGGUCGCACAGCAAUCAGACGAACAGAGCCAGACAUAAAGAUGGCUCAGAACGCAAGCCCGUAUUCAAGAGCGUCGUAGGCAACCCCUUUCACGUGUCAUGGCCAUCAGUACCAGUAAACGUGCAAAACUCCAUCCUCGCAGCGAUGAUGAACAUACUUGAGGGAGUAUCUGUCUACUAUCUCAGCAGAGAACAAUCUAGAAAGAAGAAAAAGCGAAGCCUGUUGACGCAGGGCGAUCGCGUCACCAAGAAAGAUAACGCUGCUUCUACGGAGGUCGACUCUACUCAUUCCAUUGAUAAACCACAACCUCCCCCCAUCCUGAGCUCCAUGGCCAUCGGUAUCAAUGAAGUCACGCGACGGUUAGAGAGCAUAUCGCGCUCGCAUCGGAGCACCCUUCGUGCCAAGGGAAAGGAGAUCUUGCCGGAGCCCACAGACAUUCCCUCGAGCCAUUCUCAGAUCGUCCUCGCUUGCCGUGCGGAUAUUGAUCCCCCACUACUCAUUGCUCACCUGCCAAAUCUCGUCGCGGCCUGCAAUUCCACGAGAAGACCUUCGGACCCCAACGCCGAAGGCCCGCAGGGGACAUGGCUCGUUACCAUGUCAAAGGGCAGUGAAGGCAUUCUCGCAGAGGCUAUGGGACUGAGGCGUGUCUCCGUUCUUCUCCUCGAGAGUUCAGCCCCGCAGUUCUCAGCAGUAUGGUCAUUGCUCCAGAACAUACCCCUACUCACCGCGCCCUGGCUUUCUGUUCCGACGCUUGCGGAUCCACUUCGAUUGGUGCCAACGCAUAUUAAACAACUACGAACGAGCGCCCCGAAGGAUAUGAAGGCAGCCAAAGAGCGUCGCUCCGAGGAGCGCAGAGGAGUGAAAGAGAGGGGACGACGGUCAAAAAGCACCACUGCGGACAAGGCAGGUCGGAGGGCGAUAGUUCGGCAUUUAGUGGAGGAAAGUGGCUAG